AGCCCUUACAACCUGCUUACUGGGGCGUGUGCGUGUCUGUGGGUGUUGGGGCACGCGCAGGACACACAGGGACCCACUUUCGUAGUCUCGCUCUCACCUCAAAGGCUGUCAACUCUUACGCCCCUCCCUGCGCGCACAGCCCCCUUUUCACCCCAGCCUCCUCAUGCCCCGCCCCCAAAGUAGGAGGUACCACUGUCGUUGGAGGAUCCUCCUCUCACUCCUGUUCGAGAACCAAUCACUAGAGUUCUGGUGGAGAGCGGCGGAGCCAAUGGAUAUGCUCGUUUUGGCAGCUGCCGGGUCUGGAGCGCCGGGAGGCGGUGCCGGGGGCGGGGUGCAGUCGGGGGAUUAGUUGCCAUUCCGAGUGAGGAGUGGGUAGAAGCGGCGGCGGCGGCGGCGUUUGCGGUGGCGCGGAUCCCGCGGAGCUCCAGGCACCUCGAGGCCCUUUCCCCUCACCCCGGUCCCCAGAAGCAGGAGUCCCGGGCCUCCCUGCAGCUGCCGGGUUCUCCCGCGUGUGCAGCCCCGCGAGGGCUGAGGAGAAGGCUGCGAUCGGCCCCCUGGGCUGCGUGAUCCGGGCGGUUGCCCUGUCAGCGCGAUGCCCGGGGCGGCGGCUGCGGCGGCGGCUCCGGGCUCCUAGCGGCCCCGGCUGUGACCGCCACGCCGAGCCCAGCCGGGCGGUUGGGGCCGUUGGACGUUUGUUUUCGCAGCCCUCCCCUCCCCCCUCGCCGAGGCGGCGGGGGUGUGCGUUGGGAAGGGGGAGCCCUGAGACUCCUCCCCCUCCCCGAUACCCCCGCCCCUCCCCCUUACACACUCGCACGCACUAUCGCGCCGGCUCCCACACGCUCGCGCCUCUCCGCCCCGCGCCUCCGUGUCGGCCGGCGUCGUCCAGGGCCCGCGGAGCGACCAUGUCCACUGCCUCCUCCUCCUCCAGUUCCUCUCAGACCCCUCAUCCCCCGCCGCAGAGGAUGCGGCGCAGCGCCGCGGGCUCCCCGCCUGCCACCGCCGGGAGCGGGAACGGUGCGGGCGGCGGCGGCGUGGGCUGCGCCCCGGCUGCGGGAGCCGGCCGGCUGCUGCAGCCCAUCCGCGCCACGGUGCCCUACCAGCUCCUGCGGGGCAGCCAGCACAGUCCCACGCGCCUGCCCGCCGCCGCCGCCGCCGCGGAGCCGGCCGGCUGCUGCAGCCCAUCCGCGCCACGGUGCCCUACCAGCUCCUCCGCCGCCGCCGCCUCGCUGGGCAGCCUCCCGGGGCCCGGCGCGGCCCGCGGCCCCAGCCCGCCCAGCCCGACGCUGCCGUCGGCCGCAGCCCCGGCUGAACAGACGCCCCGGGCCAAGGGCCGCCCGAGACGGUCCCCUGAGAGUCACCGGAGGAGCAGCUCACCUGAGAGACGGAGCCCCGGCUCGCCCGUGUGCAGAGUGGACAGGCCAAAAUCUCAGCAAGUUCGAACAUCUAGUACAAUAAGGCGAACCUCCUCUUUGGAUACGAUAACAGGACCUUACCUCACAGGACAGUGGCCACGGGAUCCUCAUGUUCACUACCCUUCAUGCAUGAAAGAUAAGGCUACUCAGACACCUACCUGUUGGGCAGAAGAGGGAGCAGAAAAGAAGUCACAUCAGCGUUCUGCAUCAUGGGGGAGUGCUGAUCAACUAAAAGAGCAGAUUGCCAAAUUGAGGCAGCAACUACAACGCAGCAAACAAAGUAGUCGUCACAGUAAGGAAAAAGAUCGGCAGUCACCUCUCCAUGGCAACCAUAUAACAAUCAGUCACACUCAGGCUACUGGAUCAAGGUCCGUCCCUAUGCCACUGUCAAAUAUAUCAGUGCCAAAAUCAUCUGUUUCACGUGUGCCCUGCAAUGUAGAAGGAAUAAGUCCCGAAUUAGAAAAGGUAUUCAUUAAAGAAAAUAAUGGGAAGGAGGAAGUAUCCAAGCCAUUGGACAUACCAGAUGGUCGAAGAGCUCCACUCCCUGCUCACUACCGGAGCAGUAGCACUCGCAGCAUUGACACUCAGACUCCCUCCGUCCAGGAGCGUAGCAGUAGUUGCAGCAGUCAUUCACCCUGCAUCUCCCCAUUUUGUCCCCCGGAAUCCCAGGAUGGUAGCCCUUGCUCAACAGAAGAUUUGCUCUAUGAUCGUGAUAAAGACAGUGGGAGUAGCUCACCGUUACCCAAGUAUGCCUCAUCUCCCAAACCAAACAACAGCUACAUGUUCAAACGGGAGCCCCCAGAGGGAUGUGAGCGAGUGAAGGUCUUUGAGGAAAUGGCGUCUCGUCAACCUAUCUCGGCCCCUCUCUUUUCAUGUCCUGACAAAAACAAGGUUAAUUUCAUCCCAACUGGAUCAGCUUUCUGUCCUGUAAAACUUCUAGGCCCUCUCUUACCUGCUUCUGACCUGAUGCUCAAGAACUCUCCUAACUCUGGCCAGAGCUCGGCUCUGGCAGCUCUAACUGUUGAGCAGCUCUCCUCCCGGGUUUCCUUUGCAUCUCUUUCCGAUGACACCAGCACAGCGGGCUCCACAGAGGCCUCUGUUCAACAGCCAUCCCAGCAGCAGCAGCUCCUGCCAGAAUUGCAGGGCGAAGAACACAUCUCUGCUCAGAAUUAUGUGAUCAUCUAAAGCAAAGGGGGAGCUGGCCUCCACCCUGUGUUCCAUGGAUUAGGAACGUGAUCUCGGACAUCUAUAUGCAUGGAGUGACAAACUUUCUGAACACAACCACCAACAGCAAAAUACUUAUCAGCAUCAUAAAGUAUCUCUUAACACUGAUCUUGGCAGGGACGGAACUCCUAUUCAGCAGUUUUUGUGGAAAGCAGUAAUGCUUGCAAAACAUGUGUCAUUCGGCAUUUUAAGUGGAGACUAUGCAUUUCAUAGUAUGUUUGACAGAUUAGUACUGUGUCCUGUGUUUUGUUCCAAAUUCUUCAGUAUAAAUAAGCUCUAUAUCAAAAAGUUGCCUGUCUAAAUAGAAAAUGUCUUGCUGUGUUUUGUCCUAUGGAAAAUACUGUACUUCAGGAUUAUGUUUACAAUUGAUCCAGGUGUUUGUUUCUAACUUCUGUAAUACAUACAAUGCAAAAAAAAAAAAAAAAAUGGCCACAACAGUUGCACAGUGCCCACCCUAUGGCCUAGCUUCAGGUACUUCAGUUGAAGUCUAAACUCAGGUAACUUGGAAUGUAUAUCAUAUUGGGAUAUUAAAUAUUUCACAGCUAAAAAGCUAAAGAGGGAACAUCACUCUUUUGCCUUUUCUUAUUUUAUGCAUUUCCCUUUCCUCAUUACAUUCCAUAUUCUUAUUAGAAUAAGAAGUGCAUUCAGCCCUAGGAGAAUGAUAAUCCUGGACAUGGGUGAACAUGAGGAGAACCAGCAAAUCUGUGGUGUUUGACAUCACUUUGUCAUGUGGUUACCAGUAAAACAACUGUUGCAUUCACUGUUUCAACAUGUGUAAAUUGUGGCUUUUUUUUAAAAGUUCAGGUGUUGCUAAGUUAAGGACUGUUACAAUGUUGCAAAUGAAGUGUUCAGUACUAGACUGUACAUAAACAUUCCACAUUGUGUGUGAUGAAAUUUAAAGAUAAGAAUGUCUAGAUUUAAUUUCAAAAUAAGUGAAGUGUUUGACAGGGGAUGGUUGAGAUUUUUUGUUUAUAUUGGCCAUCAGGGUCAUAAAUGUUACCGUCUUAUCUAAAAGUAUAUUUAUGUUUAGUUCUCUUUUAGAAAUUCUUUAAUUUUCAGGUUAAAAAGUGACAUACUUUUGGUUAUCGUUUUCCUCAAGCAGUUCAAGUGUAUGAGUUGCAUUCACAUGAAGAGAAUACUUGGGCCGCAGAAUGUGGUGACUUAUAAGAGCAAUAGUUUGAAGCUGUCUUGUUUAAGCCUUUCAUAAUACUAUCAUGAAUAGUUUUGUUAAGAUUUGGGAUGUGUGAAGUAGAACAUAAACCCAAGUAAAUAGCCUUGAACUUGCAGACUUGACAUAAGUUCUCCACAAAGUGUGAAGAGAGCCCUGGAUAUUCCUCACUGGGCAGUGGGAGAGCCCAACUUUCAGACCUUGUUUUCUGCAGCACAACGCAAGUAUCCAAAAGUAAAGGGAAACUUUUGUAUUUUUAUUCCAUUCCUUUCAGUUCAAUAAAACCUAGAGUUGUUUUCAUCUGCACCUAAAGUGUACGGGACAAUUUUCUUAAGAAUUAGGGAAACAGGUGCCCACAGUUAAAGGAACGUUUCAGUUCCCUUCAGUCAUUCCUGGGUUUUUCUUUGUUUUGUUUAUUUCUCACAGAGGUUGAAGAAGGAUGAGGUGGUGAUAGAGAAGAAAGCAAUGCCAUUGAUUUUUUUUUUUAAUGAUAUAUGUGUAUAUGUUUGUGUGUGUGUAUUCUGUGUAUUAUUUUGUCAUGAUCCCAAUUCUUUCCACCAAAGUUUGCAGUAAUAUUCUCUCCUGAAGGUGCAUUUUGGCUCCUUUAAAUUAGUCAGUGUUAUAUUGUAGGAGACUGUCAUGGAAAAAAGGACUCAGUUUACUUUUGCCAUUUUCACAGGGGAACCUUUUAAAACAAUCUUUUCAGCAGCAGAUACCUUUAACCCUAAUAAUCUCAGGCCUUGAUGAAAAUACUAUAUUUUGUAGAUUAUGGGUAAAGGGAGAAAAUUACUAGUUCCGUAAGAUAAAUAUGAGCUCCAUUUAACUUCUGAUAUCUGGUUUAGCAUUACAUAAUAUGUUGAUCUUAUGCUCUGCUUUUGUCCAAAUAAGAUGCAAUAGUAUCAAUAUCAAUUUCAGAAAGAUGGACUGAAUAUGCUUUUUUGGUGAUGAAAUCUGAUGUACGAUAUUUAUAGUGACAUGUGCUUUUAUUUUCUCAUGAGAAACUAAAUAUUGUGUUGUACAUUUGUUCUUAGCAUAUAUAAAAGUUUUGAACCAAAUGUGUUAAAGCUUAUGCUUUGCCAUGUAAAUUUCCCAGAAGUUGUUGAGCUCAAAUGUAUCCUACAUCCAGCUGUAGAAAUUUGUCAGAAAUUGUUUAAAUUUUGUAUAUAGUUGUACUGUUUAAUUCUAGCCACUGCGCUGAACAGUAUUCGAGUUACCAUACAAUAUGGCUUUACACGAGGAAAUGUGUGGCUUUUGUUUUGUAUUUUUUCAGUAUAGAAGUUCCUGUGUCUUAUUUAAAUAAAGUUAUUAGUAAAACUG